AUGCCCACCCUGACCCCGCUCUGGGCCGUGUGCCUGUAUGCUGUCGUGUGCCAUGGCGGGCCCCCCCAGCUGGGGCCAGCGCCUGCCUGCCCGGCUCCGUGCCACUGUGAAGAAGAUGGCAUCAUGCUGUCGGUAGACUGCUCCGAGAUGGGACUUUCCACGGUGCCUGGGAACCUGAACCCUCUGACGGCGUACCUGGAUCUGAGCAUGAACAACCUCACUGAACUCCAGCCUGGACUCUUCCUUCACCUGCGCUUCCUGGAGGAGCUUCGUCUGUCUGGAAAUCACCUCUCCUACAUCCCAGGACAAGCAUUUUCUGGUCUCUACAGCCUGAAAAUCUUGAUGCUGCAGAAUAACCAGCUGAGUAGAAUCCCUGCUGAGGCAUUGUGGGAGCUGCCCAACCUCCAGUCUCUGCGUCUGGAUGCCAACCUCAUCUCCGUGGUCCCCGAGAGAAGCUUCGAGGGGCUCUCCUCCCUCCGCCAUCUGUGGCUAGAUGACAAUGCCCUCACAGAGAUCCCCAUCAGGGCUCUCAACAACCUUCGCUCCCUGCAGGCCAUGACCUUGGCCCUCAAUCUCAUCGGCUUCAUUCCCGACUAUGCCUUCCAGAACCUCACCAGCCUUGUGGUGUUGCAUCUUCACAACAAUCAAAUCCAGCAUUUGGGUACCAACAGUUUUGAGGGACUGCACAAUCUGGAGACACUAGACCUGAAUUAUAAUGAGUUGCUGGAGUUCCCUGUGGCCAUCCGGACCCUUGGCCGACUCCAGGAAUUGGGUUUCCAUAACAAUAACAUCAAGGCCAUUCCUGAGAAGGCAUUUGUGGGGAACCCAUUACUGCAGACUAUCCACUUUUAUGACAACCCAAUCCAGUUUGUUGGAAGAUCAGCUUUUCAGUACCUGCCAAAGCUUCAUACACUGUCACUGAAUGGUGCAACUGAUAUCAGAGAACUACCUGAUCUGAAAGGCACCACCAGCUUGGAGAUCCUGACCCUGACAAGGGCCGGCAUCCGGCUCCUCCCCUUGGGGAUGUGCCAACAGCUCCCCAGACUCCGAGUCCUUGAACUCUCUCAUAAUCAAAUUGAGGAGCUGCCCAGCCUACGCAGGUGUCCGAAACUGGAAGAAAUAGGCCUCCAGCACAAUCAGAUGUGGGAAAUCGGUGCUGACACCUUCAGCCAGCUGAGUGCCCUUCGAGCCCUGGACCUGAGCUGGAAUGUCAUCAGAUUCAUCCACCCUGAAGCUUUUGUGACCCUCCAUUCCCUGGUCAAGUUGGACCUGACGAACAACCAGCUGGUCACACUCCCACUGGCUGGGCUCAGCGGGCUGGUACAUCUCAAGCUCAAAGGGAAUCCAUCCCUCUCUGAGGCCUUCUCCAAGGACAGUUUCCCCAAGCUGAGGGUCCUGGAGGUGCCCUAUGCCUAUCAGUGCUGUGCUUAUCAAACCUGUGCCGGCUACUUCAAGGCUUCUGGCCAGUGGGAGGCUGAGGAUGGUCACACAGAUGAGGAAGAGGCCAUGAAGAGGCCCCCCAGUCUCCUUGGCGGUCAUACGGAGAGCCACUAUGACCUUGACCUGGAUGAGUUCCAGCUAGAGGUGGAAGACUCCAAGCCACAUUCGAGCAUCCAGUGCAGUCCUAGCCCAGGUCCCUUCAAGCCGUGUGAACACCUGUUGGAGAGCUGGGGGAUCCGCCUGGCUGUGUGGGCCAUUGUCCUGCUCUCCGUGUUGUGCAAUGGAUUGGUCCUUCUGGCCAUCUUCGCAGGGGGGCCUGCCCCCCUGUCCCCUGUCAAGUUUGUGGUGGGAGCCAUCGCUGGUGCCAACACCCUGACGGGCAUUUCCUGUGGCCUCCUGGCCUGCGUGGACACUCUGACCUUUGGCCACUUUGCCCAGUAUGGGGCCCGGUGGGAGACGGGCCUGGGCUGCCGGGCCACAGGCUUCCUGGCCGUCUUUGCCUCUGAGGCCUCUGUGCUGCUGCUCACUCUGGCUGCUGUCCAGUGCAGCAUCUCCAUUUCCUGUGCCCGAGUGUAUGGGAAAUCCCCCUCGCUGGGCAGCGUCCGAGCCAGUGCCCUGGGUUGCUUAGUCCUGGCAGGGCUGGCGGCAGCCUUGCCUCUGGCCUCGGUGGGUGAAUAUGGGGCCUCCCCGCUUUGCCUGCCCUACACCCCUCCUGAGGGCCGUCCAGCAGCCCUGGGCUUCUCUGUGGCCUUGGUCAUGAUGAACUCCCUCUGCUUCCUCGUCAUCACGGGUGCCUACAUCAAGCUGUACUGCGACCUGCCCCGGGGGGACUACUUUGACGCCGUGUGGGACUGCACCAUGGUGCGGCACAUCGCCUGGCUCAUCUUUGCCGACGGGCUCCUCUACUGUCCCGUGGCCUUCCUCAGCUUUGCCUCCAUGCUCAGCCUCUUCCCGGUCACCCCGGAGGCGGUCAAGUCUGUCCUGCUCGUGGUGCUGCCCCUGCCCGCCUGCCUCAACCCCCUCCUCUACCUGCUCUUCAACCCCCACUUCAGGGAGGACCUGCGGCGCCUGCGCCCCCAGGGAGGGCUCCCUGCCCCUCUGGCUUAUGGAGCUGCAGAUGAGCUGGAGAAGAGCUCCUGUGAUUCCACCCAGGCCCUGGUCGCCUUCUCUGAUGUGGAUCUUGUCUUGGAAGCCUCUGGGGGGGCCCACCCCCCAGUGCUGGAGGCAUACAGUUUCCCCUCAGUGACCCUGGUCUCCUGUCAGCAGCCAGGCGUCCCCAUGUUAGAGGGCGACCAUUUCGUAGGGCCUGAGAGUGGCCGUCUGGGAGGGCCUCAGGCCCACCCCACUGAGGGAGAACUACUGCUGGGGGCAGAAGGGGUCAUGCCAGCUGGGGGCCUCCGGCCUUCCCUCCCAGCCUUUACCUCACACCUAUAACUUCCCCAUCCUCAUCCUCUCCUCUUCUCUACUUGUUGCCCUCCCCACCACCUGUCCAUGCACAAUUGCUGCUUAUUAAAUAAGUAAAUAAAAAUAACAAAAGUAAAUUGUGUGAUCCGUACUAGAAUACCCCAGUCCUCGGCUUCUGGGAUCUCCUCCCUGCCAAAGGUCAUCGUUACCCUUUGGCUCUCCUCUUAUCCCACCUGGAGCUGUGGAGAAGAAUCCAGAGAUGGGGUAACUUGUCUGAUGAGAAGAAAUGAGGA